CGGUGCAACUAAUAAGGACCGCGAUCUAGCAGGCGAUCCCACUGUGACUUUUAUUUCCAAGUCCUGGAAUCCGGAAUCAAGACUGAUCGUUAUCACACAUGGAUUAUGCUUCUUUUUUCGCUGUUUUUUAUUUCUUUUUGCGUUAGAGGAAACUUUCUCAGCAACUAUUUUCAAGCGGACAGCUCUCUAGUGUCAGAGCCAUGAUUAGCUUGUUAAGAUGGACAGCUUUCCUUUGGACUGUAAAUUCCAUUCCUUGCACUUUUGGGAUGGCAGUGAGUGAACGAACAGAUGGCUCAUGUCCCCCUCUGACUGUAGAGGAAUACAGGUUCUCUGAUAUUUUAGAUCGUCCCCUGGAAAUUACAGGAUUGGAUCUCACAGAAAUGUUUCUCCUUCGAAAGGGAACGGUAACAGAAGACCUUCCGUCGUUUCGUUUAGGAAGCAGUCCGCUCAUUAAGCCGACAAAGUUAAUAUUUCCAAAUGGGCUUUCAAGUGAAUACUCCCUUGUCACCAUCUUCCGGGUAAGAAGAACUACAAAAAAGGACCGCUGGUAUCUUUGGCAGAUAUUCGACGAGUCGGGAGGCAGUCAGGUAUCUGUUGUGGUUGAUGGUGGCAAAAAGGCGGUGGAGUUUUCUUCCCAGGACCUGCUAAAGAACACUCGCCGCUACACAUUUAAGAGCCGUGACCUACAUGCCCUCUUUGAUCGCCAGUGGCACAAGCUGGGCAUUUCUGUACAGAGCAACAUAGUCUCCAUUUACAUGGACUGCAAGUUGAUAGAAAAGAGACAGACUGACGAGAAGGCCAGCAUUGACCCCAGUGGGCGCACCCUCAUCACUACACGAGUGGAGGACGGACGGCCUGUAGAUAUUGAAAUGAGACAAAUUCUAAUCUACUGUGACCCUUAUAUGGCUGAAAUGGAAAAUUGCUGUGAGCUACUGGAGCCCAAGUGUGGAGCCAAGAAGACAUUUAAUGGGACUUCCCCUCCCCUGGUUACAGCCCAGCUCCCCCAGAUGCUGUCCCAGCCAGCCUCGCAGUCAAUUGACAGAUGUCAGUGUCCAGCUGAAAAGGGAGAUGCUGAUCUUCCAGGUGUAGUUGCACUGCCAGGAGAAAAGGGGAAUAAAGGAGACAAGGGCGACACAGGGGAUGCCGGGCUUCCAGGAAACCCAGGACAUAAGGGGGAACUUGGAUCAGAAGGGCAAAAGGGAAUCGAUGGGGAGAAGGGUCUGAAAGGUGACCCAGGGCCAGUUGGUCCAGUUGGUCCAGUUGGUCCAAAAGGAAACAAAGGGGAUGUGGGUCUGCCUGGAGUUCCAGGGCUGCCUGCUGACAAAGAAUGUCUCAAAGGAGAUCAGGGCACUCGAGGUGACAAAGGAGAGAAGGGAUUGGCUGGAGUGCCAGGGGAUCCAGGCAAAGAGGGCAAAAGGGGACGAAGAGGAAAGCCUGGGGAGCCUGGACCCAGAGGCCUGCCUGGUCCCUCUGGAACCUCUGACGGAGCAAGUGUCAAGGGUGAGUCUGGAGUCCCAGCGGAAAAAGGGGAGAAAGGAGAGAGAGGAGACCCUGGUCAGCCAGGUGCUGAGGGGGACAGCGGGAUGAAAGGACAAAAAGGCGAUGUUGGCCCCCCUGGUCCUCCUGGUCCUGUGAUGACAGCUCACGGAUUAAGACAGCUCUCUGGAACUGAUGACAUGAAGGAGAGGACCCAAAAGGGAGAAAAGGGAGACCAGGGGGAGAGAGGAGCUCAAGGGCCACAAGGCUUCAAGGGAAACAUAGGGCUGCCAGGGCUGAAUGGAGAUCAAGGUCCAGAGGGGAAGCAAGGCCUGCCUGGACAGCCAGGACUCCCAGGCGAGCCAGGCUCGCCAGGGGAGCGAGGGAAAGAUGGCCUAAAAGGAGAAAAGGGAGACAUUGGUGGAGUGAUUGGGCUACAGGGACCUCCAGGUCCUAAGGGUGAGCCUGGAGAGCCUGGAGGUGGAUAUGUGGGCAAUGGAUUGUCUCUAACUAGAGGGUCUCGCGGGCCCAAGGGUGAGAGAGGUGUCCCGGGAUUGCCAGGAGACCAUGGUGAAAAAGGCGAACCUGGAGAGAGUGUCAUAGGCCCGGCUGGCCCCAUGGGACUUACAGGAAAGCCAGGAAGCCAGGGCCCUCAAGGACCCCCAGGUUUUACUGGCCCUGUUGGCCAUCCAGGACGAGAGGGACCCCCUGGUAGACCAGGCCCCCCGGGCCCUGCUGGACCCCCAGGUGAACCAACUGCCCUGCCAAUUGUUGGAGACAUGGGUGCUUUACUUAAGAAUGCCUGCAGUGUGUGCCAGACGAAAAUCCCAGGGCUUCCUGGGCAGAAAGGAGAGAAGGGGUCCCCCGGAGCACAAGGAGUAGAAGGCCUGGUGGGAGAAAAGGGAGAUCCAGGUGUUAGAGGUCCUAUGGGUAACCCUGGGAAAGAAGGCCCAAAGGGAGUAAAAGGAGAGAGAGGAUUCCCAGGCCCUACAGGAGAUAAAGGUGAUGAGGGCCCUGUAGGAGUACCAGGACUUCCAGGUGUGACUGGUCGUACAGGGUCCCCGGGGCUUAUGGGUAGACCUGGGCCAUCGGGCCAACCAGGUGGAAAAGGAGAAAAAGGAAAUGAAGGACCAUCGGGCAGACCAGGGCUUCCAGGACCUCCAGGUGUACCGUAUGUGGAGACCACGGGGAUGAGCAGUCUGUACAAGCUGCAGAGUGGUGGAGCUAUUUUAGGACCCCCUGGAGCUCCUGGUGCACCGGGUCCCAAAGGAGAUCAAGGACCCCCAGGGGAACCAGGGGCCAUGGGAUUACCCGGGCUUGAAGGGCUACCUGGUGCCAAGGGUGAUAUUGGUUUGACUGGUCCUCCUGGGCAACUAGGUCCUCCAGGGAAGCCCGGCACUCGUGGAGAGCCAGGGAUCCCAGGAGAGCCGGGUGAGAGGGGGCCGCUCGGAGAGACAGGAUUCCCAGGACCCGAGGGACCCCAAGGUGUUCCUGGGAGACCUGGAAAAGAUGGAACUCCUGGAUACCAGGGAGCUACAGGUAGAACAGGGGACAGAGGAUCCAAAGGAGAGCGUGGUGAUCCUGGGAUUCCUGGAGAGAGAGGUGUUCAAGGCGAGAGAGGUCGCAUAGGAGAUCCUGGCCCUAUUGGACCCAUCGGAGUGGUCGGACAAAAAGGCGACCCUGGCCCUCCGGGACAGUUGGAGAGUGCAAACCUCUUGGGUGAUCCUGGCUUCACGGAAGAACUGAAAAUGUUCAUCAGAAAUGAAGUUUUGAGGAUCUUUGAAGAGAGGCUAUCGAGCGCUGCCAUGCUGCAGAAGACUCCUGCAGGCAUCUUAGCAUCACAAUUCCAAGGGCCUCCAGGACCUCCUGGCAAUGACGGAUUACCAGGCACACCAGGAGAGCCUGGACCUCCUGGUCCUCAAGGAUACAGGGGUCAGAAAGGAGAACGAGGUCAGCUCGGACUGGGGUUACCAGGAGAUCCAGGACAUAUGGGUCCACCAGGUCCUCCUGGGAUAACUUCUCAGGGCCCUCCUGGCUCUCCCGGACCCCGUGGACCUCCUGGGACAUGUGACCCCAGUGACUGUCUCUUUCCAUCCCGGUGAACCCAGCAGAGCGGUUCAGGCCGGUUCGAGGACAGACGUCCAGCUCCAAGCUCAGUGCUGCAGGCACAGAGCAGCCUCGCUGUAUCGGCUCUGGUUUAUCGCACAGACUCACAACUGACCUCUUUUGUUCACUUUGCAAUAACAUUUGGAUGCAGUCAGGAUUUUUUUUUGUUGUUGUCUGGUUUGUUUUGAAUUCAGUUUUUUUGUGCUGUACUCUUUAAGUUAUUUCGUUUUUUCACAUCCCCCACUGUGAUGUAAUGCAUUCCAUGUCAACUCUCAUUAUGUCUUUCAAGACUAUGAAAUGACUUUGUUUCAUCACGUUCAGUCCUGUCUGAAAACAUGAUCUUAAUUAUUUGUUUGCCUCCUUAAUGGGCAUGCCUAUUCACUCUUCUGGUCUUGUUCAGAUAAGCCAAUGCGCUGGCAGAAGGUACAUCUUGCGCGUGUGUGCGUGUGUGCGUAUGUGCUUAUGUGUGUGAGAAAGAGAUUAGCUGAAUGAGUAUACUUGUUUUAUGUGUAGGUGUGAAAAAAUAACAGAUUUUUGAAACUCCUUAUGCAACCAAAGUGCAGCAGAUGCGUCUGAUACGGAAAUUAUUUAUUUUUAAGCGUGUUUAAAAGAUGGUACAAAUAGUUGUAGUAAAUGUAGCACGGAUAUUCAGUUAUAUUGUCACUAGAAGAUGGAUUAUUACAUUUCUGGAUUACUGAGAGUUUUGUUUUUUGUUUUAGGAAAUUAUGACUCGUAACCCAUUUGCAUUGUGCAUGAUAAUAAUUUUUUUUAAAGAAUCUUCAACAUAAUUAUUGAUAAAGAUGUCUUCCCAUUUUCUGUAGAUUAUGCAUCAGUACUGAAUGUUCAUCAACCACAUCUUUUGUAAUCCAAAAACCUACACCUCAUACUGUUCGACGCAUACAUCAAGGGCAGAUCUUUCCACAUGAAAAGAAUGUACUUUAAUUAUUGUUCCUGUUCAGCGAGUGUGACUUGACCUCACAUUCGUCUUUACUGUUGGUUUAAUCUGUAAAUAAGUUGAAUGAGUGAUUGUGUUUUCUUUCUUUUUUCCUGUCUAAUGGGGCUUGUAAUGGGACCUGACAAUAUAAUUACAUAAGCAAGUUGUCAUUGUAAUGUCACGUUAAGGUUCUCACUUUUGUUAUCAAUCAUACAAUGCUGCAAAUGUUUUAAGAUUUUGUUUGUGUGUCUGAGAUGAUGAUAAUUAACAUUGUUUACAUAGUGUCGUGAAUGAUGAUUCCUCUGGUUUUAUUUGUAUAUUUUUGAUUUUCAGCCACAAAAAGGAAAUCGGACUACUACACUACAACUUCAGACCUUUUAUUUUGGUGCAACACAUACUCAUGAAUCUACUUGAAUUUGUUUGUUUUAACAGCAUCGUGGUCUACAUCCUGGUUUUUCACUCACUGACCAGCACUGUGUGUCACUAUGUAUCAUCGGGUGUAGGGGGUGUCUUAUGACUGGAGUUUUGAUAUAUUUAUUUGCCAUAACAGGUUACAGAGUCAUUUUAGUGUAAAUUAAGAAGGUUUUGAGUCAACUUCGUCUAAACAGGCCAUAUGCUGUAUCUCAUUCAUUCACUCUGAAAAUUUGUAGACAAAAGUUUCCAACAUUCAAACUUUGGAUUUAGAUGAAUGUUCUGUUUGAAGAUUUGUAAGGAAAUGCACAAUUUGUUCAUCAGAAAAGUAACCUAAAUUUUAUAGUCACUCUAAACAAUGAGCAUUUAUUCAUCAAAAAAAGAUAAUUGGCCUGUAGUGUACAGUAUAUUACGUUCCUAAAGCUUUAACUUGGCGUGCUGUUUAAUGAGAGUUUGACUCAAAGCUAAUUUUACUUUUAAGUGUCCUGCUGUGAUUUAUGUUUGAAACAUUCUGUGGGUGUAUCUGAAAGUUUGUGACAUUAAGAACUCGGUUCUAUCUGUACGUCAUCCUUUAAGAUCUGUUUGACAGUUUUUUUCCCCUCUUAUACUUCAUGUCUCACAUCACCAUGCUUCUCUUACACAUGUGAAUUAUAACUCACAUCUUACUUUGAAGCUGCAGAGGGGUUUUUUAUAUAUUUUUCUCAGCAUGCAGGCUUGGUUUUAUCUCUGUUAAAUUUUAUCAGUGUGAGUGGGUCUAAUUUUAGAGGGGUAUUGAAUCAAAUGUGUGCAACUAACUUUAUUUGUGAGUUGAAAGAGCCCCCUGCUGGACAUGUAUUUAUUUUCUCAUUGCUUGUUAUGUGAAUGGAAAACAAUCUUUGUUUGGGUUAUAGGCUACAUAAAAUCCCCUCCUUCUAUUGGCUUCUGUCCUUUCAUCGCACUAAUUUUCAUAUUCGGUUUAAUGGGUUCCCCUUCUCAGACAAUAACGCCGACCUUGGCCAAACUCAAAUGAGACAGCACCAGCAAACUAAUGUGAUCUGAACUUUUUGGUGCACUGAUGAGAGCAACUCUUUGCGUAUAUUGAAUUUACCCUGCAUUGAUAUUAAUGUGCACCGGUUUGUGACUUCAAUUAAGCUAAACAGUAUGAUAACUAGGGAGGACACAAAAUGGCUGCUGAUGUCACAGCCCACUUCACUAGCAAUUUGCUGCCAGCCAUUUUACAUCGCUCCAAGCUAAAAUCCAUUUAUUCUAAGUGGAAAAUGUCAGAUGAAAGCAAACUCAAAGGGUGGAGGUGUGGUGGGUUGAAGCAUCCUUCAAAUGAAAUGCUUUUAUACAUCUAAAGAUAGACAGAAACACUUAAAACAAUAACAUCAGUUUUUAAACAUCCACAUAUUUCAUUAUUGCUUUUUUUUUUUUUUUUUUUUACAGCAAUGGAAGUUGAUCCUGUCACCACAUGUAAUCUAAUCUUGUAAAUAAGCUUGUAAUGAAGGGGAAUAUGGAUCAGCCUCUCAGCAUGGUCCCUUGGAUUAAAAAUGUCUGCCUGCUGCUCUCACUGUAACUCCUCUCUACUCCUUCAUAAGCUCAAGUCGUGCUGAGUGACUUUAAUGUGUUUUUGUCUGUCUUUGUUUCAUUGAAUAUCUACCUCAGUCUUGGUUUACCACAUGUCUACAUGAUUAGCUAUUUUGCAGAAAAAAAAGAAAAAAUCCCAACACUGAGUGUUGCCUUUUACUGAUAAAAGCAAUUGAAACCUCACAUGUAUGUAAAAACAGAUAAAUUGCAGUCCUGGAUGUUGACAUCUGAAUCAGUCUGCUAACUGGACUAUAAAGAGUAGAGGCAGUAAUGCUCCUGUUGUGGAGAAUGAUCCAGUGUGUAUGUGGUUACCAGGUAUCAGAGGUUAUAUUUUACACUUUUCUUUGCAGCAUCUUUUAUUUACACUGAUUAAUGGCACCUGCCUUUACACGUGUGCAAUAAAUGUUAUUCAGUGCUUUA